UACGGGGCAGGGCAACUCGUCCGUCCGCACACGCCUCCUCCUCUUCUCCUCGUUGGCUUCGCCUCCGGCCGGCUCGGGUUCGUUCCAUCCCGAGAUUGAUUUCCCAUCCGGGUCCCUUCCGUUCCACGGCAAGUAUCCCGUCGCAUCCCAUCUCCGCACGUUCCGCCCUCAAACCCUAGACGGAAGAAGCCUUCUCCUCCAGAUUCAGGUCCGCCCUCGCCUGCUCCUGCUCUCGUCGUCCUCCAUGGCGCUGCAGUACAUCGAGGCGCAGCGCCAGGCGCGGCCGGACCUCGCCGACUGGUACGCCGACCUCGCCGACCUCUACCAACGCAAGCUCUGGCAUCAGCUCACCCUCAAGCUCGACCAAUUCCUCCAGAUCCCGGCCGCGCAGACCGGUGAUACGCUCAUACAGCUCUACAACAAUUUCAUCUCUGAUUUUGAGACAAAGAUCAACCUGCUGAAACUCGCUCAGUUUGCGGUGAUAGCGUCACGCCAAUAUCCUGACAAGGAUGCUGCCAUCACCUUCCUUGAGGGGAUAAUUGCCAAGUUGCGCGAGACGAGGGAAUCGCGGAUUAAUGAACCUAUUCUUCAUGUCAAGAUGCAGAUUGCUGCAAUACAUCUUGAUAAAGGGAACCAAAAGGAGUGCAAGAACCUACUGGAGGAAGGGAAGACCACCCUUGAUGGUAUGACUGAUGUUGAUCCCGCUGUUCAUGCUAGCUUCUACUGGAUAUCAUCCCAGUACCAUAAGUCACUCCAAGAGUUUGCUGAGUUCUAUAAGAAUGCACUUCUCUAUCUGGCGUACACAACCGUGGAAUCUCUUUCAGAGUCAUUCAAGCUGGACUUGGCGUUUGACCUUUCCCUUGCAGCCUUGCUAGGUGAUAACAUAUACAAUUUUGGUGAAUUGUUAGCUCACCCUAUUAUCAAUAGUCUUAUCGGAACGAAGGUGGAGUGGGUCUAUCACAUGUUACAAGCAUUCAACACCGGCAACCUAGCUCUCUACCAAGAACUUUGCAGGGUUCACAAUGCUGCUCUUAGUGCACAGCCUGCAUUGGUGCAGAAUGAGAAGACAUUGCUGGAGAAGAUCAAUAUUCUGUGUCUGAUGGAGAUAAUCUUUAGCCGGCCAUCUGAAGAUAGAACUAUCCCAUUAAGUGUUAUUGCUGAUCAGACCAAGCUUUCUACCAGUGAAGUGGAAUGUCUUCUUAUGAAGAGUCUCUCGGUUCAUCUUAUAGAAGGCAUAAUCGAUGAAGUGGACAGUACAGUUCACGUCUCAUGGGUCCAGCCUAGAGUACUUGGAAUCCCACAGGUGAAGGCGCUGCGUGAGCGGUUGGACUCAUGGAUUGGUAAGGUGCAUAGCACACUGUUGUCGGUUGAGGCAGAGACUCCUGAUCUCGUGGCGGCAUAACUUGGUCAGAAAGCUUUUGCAAUAGGCUUUGGUUGUCAGCAAGGCGGCGGUGUAAAACAUGAGAUGAUCAGGCUGUGCUGCUUGUAAUAGUUGUUUUCUGGAUAAUGAAUUGAUCUGGACUUGUAACUUUUUUCCUUCAUUAUCCUCUAGAGUGUUCACGUCCGGGGUUUGACAUAACGCAGUAUCAUGGAUUGUUGAGGACAAGGUCAUACCGGCAGAGGGUGUCACUCUAGUUUUGGCAGUUGCGUUUUAUAAUUUGUAAUCCAGCGGAUUGUCUUUGAUUUUUACUUGUGGCAUGGAUGGAGGAAAAUCUUGCUGAUUUUUCAUGGUUGGGCCAAA